AUGCCACCGAGAAGUCAAAGCUCCUACUCCAUCGACGAGAAGCGGAAGCUGCUGGCUUCGUUUGACGAGCUUUGUCUAAGAAGCAAGUUCUGCAAACUCCAAGGAAUAGCGCGCACCACAUGGAUCAGCUGGUUGAAGUACCGACUUCAGCUGGUGGCCAAUCCUCGGAACGGCAAGCGAAAGACCCUUGGCGGUCAAGGGACGAAGGGUGCCAUUCCAUUCAAUAACAAGCUGCUGGGAUUUAUGAAAGACGUUCGACGUCAAGAGCACAUCCUCACCUCCGUACACAUGAUUAUGUUCAUGAAAACGUGCCAUGCCAAGUGGCUUGCUGGCUACACGAGUGGUAAGCGCGACGGCUACAAAUCACUUCUCAAGCUGUGCCAAGACUUAGCCAGGCGUCACCGCUUCUCGCAGCGGGUCCCGUGUUUCACGAAUAGUUCGGCCGUUGAGAUGGUACUGUUGCGUAACGAGUUUGCAGCUCAGGUUUUGGGGCACUACCACAAGUAA